GCAGUCUCACACUGAAGGACAACAACCUCAGGUACAGGGGCAAAUCGAUAAGCUGAGCGCUAGCCAAAGUGGGUAGCUCUGAUGAGCUCACCCAUGGCCGCGGGGCAGGCAGUGCCUGGCCUAGGUACGGAGUACUUCCAUCAACAUCGCCAGCUUUCCUUCCUUUGCUUCCCCUGCGCCAGCUACUACACACCCAGCCAAACACUCUACCUACCUACUACAGGCAAGAUGUCAUCCUCGGUAAAUAUCGAGUCCUCUGAGCACUUCAGAGGCCUGCUCAAGAGCUCCAAGAUUGUCAUCGCAGACUUUUACGCGGACUGGUGCGGACCAUGCAAAGCAAUCGCCCCCCUCUACGAACAACUGGCAGCUCGGAUAUCGAAGCCUGGUGUCGUCACCUUUGUCAAGGUGAACACGGAGAAACAGAAAGACAUCGCCGCCGCCUACCGAGUCUCGAGCAUCCCUACAUUCAUCAUGUUCCGCGACGGCAACAAGAUCGACGAAGUCAAGGGCGCAGACCCAACGAAGCUACAGUCUAUUAUCGAGAAGCUUACCUCUGAGAUCCAGAACGUCGCCAGCGGCAGCGGUUCGGCCGGCAGCAGCAGUGCCGGUGGAAGCUCAGCCCUCGGCUGGCGAGGCGCAGAGCUCCCCAGGGGCUACUUCGACGUCACGGACCAGGUCGAGGUUCAGAGGGCCGAGCUGCUGAAUUUUGACGAGGACUUUGGCAGUGUGCGCACGCUUCUCGACUCCUCGAAGCCAGGAAGUCUGAGCGGCGGAAAGAAGACGGACAAGGACUGGGUUGUCAGCGAUACCGACGAGCAGCUGCUGCUCUUCAUGCCAUUCAUAUCCAUGCUGAAGCUGCACACCCUCCAGAUCACGUCCGCUGCCGAUGAAGAUGAGGAUAUCGACCGACCCAAAGUUAUCAAGCUCUUCACAAACAGGCCACACAACCUUGGGUUUGACGAUGCCGAGGGUGAGACCCCUACCCAGCUGAUCGAGCUCAGCGAGAAGGACUGGAAUGCCGAGGGAACGGCCAACAUCCCACUGCGCUUCGUCAAGUUCCAGAACAUCAACAGCGUGGUGCUGUUUGUUGAAUCCGGAGACGGAGACGGCGAGAAAACGCGCAUCGACCGCAUCAGGCUGAUUGGAGAGACGGGCGAGAAACGAGACAUGGGCAAACUAGAGAAGGUUGGAGACGAUGGUGCUUGAAAUGGGCCAUGUCUCUGAAGCGCAUCCCCCGACGCGUCGUAUCUUCAAGUGGCCAUGUCUUCUUGCACGCUCCGUUCCCUACAAGUGGUAUUACACGCGUGGCAGACGCUGGACGAGGGGCUAUGCAACUUCAGACGCUGUUGAUGACGUAUGAUGGUAGCGUGGGAGAAGCGUGAAAGUGAUCAACGCGUUCCAUACUGGUGUUUUUGGGACAGGGUGCGCAGUGUUUGAUACCCGCGCCUGGGAAUACCGAAACGGCAAGAAAUGUCAAGAAGGCAUGGAGGACCAAAAGAUGAUAGACCCAACACAGAUGACUCAGGAAACCUGCAAGGCGGACCUGCCCAGGCACGCGACCAUGAUCAGCUAUAGGUGUGACAUGCGACAAAAGCAGACUGCUCCCAGAUCCAUGCGGUCUUUGCCUGGGCAAUGCGACAAGCUCAUGAGGAACUAUCGAUUUUCCCAUCCAUCACCCUGGACUCCAACAAAAGUACGAUCUCGUAUCCAGGAAACUAGUUCAUGGUCAAGUCGACAGAGUCUUGACGAUCCUCUCAUGAGCUAAACCAGGCAAAAAAAAAAAAAAACAUCGAAAAAAAGAGUUUGGUAUGUCCGACCUCCAACCACCACCCAGAUCUACCGCCCGGAGGCGCAAACUUCUGGAGUGGACAAAUCGGUUGGAAUGGACGGAUGCAAUUAGGUUGAUCUAGGGCACAACUUGACGCACGAUAAAUAUCCAUAGAGAAUUGAGGAUCCGAGCAACAAGGGGAAACUUGAAAGUUGG